AUGCCUCAUUACUCAGUGAAGCAGGUGUAUGAGAAGUUAACAGAUGAUAAGCCUAAAGUUCACUGGGAUAGACUAGUGUGGAAUAGACUUAAUACCCCAAAACAUAGAUUUAUUGCUUGGCUUGCAAUCCAGGAUAGACUCCAAACUACAGCUAAGCUUGCAAAAGUAGGGAUUAGUGCUUCUGCUAGUUGCCUGAUCUGUGGUCAAGGUGAUGAGAUUGAUGAUCACUUAUUCUUCAGGUGUACCUAUAGUAACAUGUGCUUGAUGGAAAUGAAGAAAUGGAUGGGUUUGCAAUGUGGUAAAAAAUUGCAGCACAUAUUCAGAGACAUUAGUCACAGUAGAAAGUCCAACAUCAAAAAACAUGUUGUUUUUGCAGAUGUUGUUGCUCUUGUGUAUCUGAUCUGGAGGUACAUGAAUACAAGUUAUUGGGAGAAGACUGUUCCUACUGUCAACAGCACAAUUAGUAGCAUGAAGCAAGUUGUAAAAAGUAGAAUACAAGCAGUGUUGCCUAAGAGUGUUAGCAGGUCUGAUAGCCUUGGCUUUAUAGGUUGUUUUGUUGGUGUUUGUAUGCCUGUUGGCUAG